AUGUUAAACUCAGACGAAUCUGGAGCAAAAAGGUGUCGAGGCGUGCUCACACCCGUCGUCGGGCUGCCCAAGACUCUCGCCCGAGUGCGCAUGGCCCGCGCGCCCAUCGCCGGGCGUCUGCUCCCCCAUCGCCGAGCACCCUUUCCCCUCGGCGAGCCCCAGCGCCGAGGGUCUUCACUCCGCGCCGAGCUGCAGCCCCCCUCGCCGAUCCAGCCUCCCAUCGCCGAGCUUCAGCAGCCCUCCUCGCCGAGGCCUCCCUUGGCCCUCGCCCAGCCAGCGCCGAGGAGCUCCAGCCUCGCCCAACUGCUCGCCGAGGAGCAGCCCCCCAUCGCCGAGCUUCAGCAGCCCUCCUCGCCGAGGCCUCCCUUGGCCCUCGCCCAGCCAGCGCCGAGGAGCUCCAGCCUCGCCCAACUGCUCGCCGAGGAGCAGCCCCCCAUCGCCGAGCUGCAGUCCUCCUCGCCGAGGCCUCCCUUGGCCCUCGCCCAGCCAGCGCCGAGGAGCUCCAGCCUCGCCCAACUGCUCGCCGAGGAGCAGCCCCCCAUCGCCGAGCUGCAGUCCUCCUCGCCGAGGCCUCCCUUGGCCCUCGCCUAG